AUGACAACAGAGGAUACAUGGGGUGUCAACUACAGAGCCCUACGAGAUCUGUUUGAAUUAAUAGAGGCAAAGAUGGAUGUAAUAAAGUAUGAGGUUGGAGUUCAAAUGAUUGAAAUAUACAAUGAACAAGUUCUUUCUGAUGGAUUACUUAGACAAGCUACAUACACAACAGCCAGACUUGGUACAUUCAGGAUUCUGACAAACAAGGCACUUGAAGCCAACGAUGGAAAGCCACUAACUUUAUAUCAAAAAUCUCUCUGCGGGCUGACAGUUGGUGCAAUCGGAGCCUGUGUAGGAAGCCCUGCUGAGCUGGCACUCAUCUGGGCAAGGUCUAUAUCAAGGUUCUUUGCUGCUGCAUGUAGUUUACCCUUUGACUUUAUGAAAAUACAAAUACAGAAGAUGCAACCUGAUGCUACAGGGAAAUACCUAUAUACAGGAUCUCUAGAUUGUGCCAUGAAAACACUCAAAGCUGGAGGACCUUUUAGAUUCUACACGGGGUUUCCAGUAUACAAAAUGGGCUUCUAUGGAGGUGGGUUCACUAAGUUUGGAGGUGCGGUUCCUUAUAGACCAGCUGAAGAUUUGGCAUAUUCAGUUGCUGAAUUUAUUCAAAGUAGUGGAUCUUUUAUUAAUUACUAUAUGUAUCAUGGAGGAACAAAUUUUGGACGAACUGCAGGUGGCCCAUUUAUUGCAACAAGUUAUGACUAUGAUGCCCCUCUUGAUGAAUUUGGUAUGUUAUAA